AAGUAGAAAUGAAGUGGCACACUUACCGCUAUCGGCACGUGCGUGGUUUUUCAAUAGCGUUGAGAUAUAGUUACACUGGCCUUUCAUCCCCAUUUAUUCAGUCAGACUCGUUAGCCAGUUGUUGCAUCUACCCAACCAUACGCCUUUAUAAUCCAUCAAAAUCACCCCCUAUUUCACCCAUAACUCACUCCAUCAAUCCCUGUAUUUCUUCUUCCAAGAUCUCAAACUUUCUCACUUACCAUUGUUUUCUCCGUUACCUCUUAAUCGCCGGAAACAUGAAGGUGACCGUUACUACACGGAGCGGUAGAGAGCUAAUCAACGGUGGCCUUGUUCUUGACAGUUCUGCUACUGUUGCUGAUUUGCAGGAAGCAAUUCACCAACGAAUCAAGAAAUACUAUCCAUCCCGACAACGUCUAACCCUACCACUCCAACCGGGCUCAAAGGAAAAGGCCGUUGUUCUUCAAUCCAAGAAAAGCCUAAAAGAGUACACAAAUGGAAACUCUGACACCCUUACCGUAGUGUUUAAGGAUUUGGGCCCACAAGUCUCAUACCGCACACUCUUCUUUUUCGAGUAUCUGGGCCCGUUAAUCCUCUAUCCUGUCUUCUACUACUUCCCCGUGUACCAAAUUUUCGGGUACAAAGGCGAACGAGUCAUCCAUCCGGUUCAAACAUAUGCAUUAUACUACUGGUGUUUCCACUACUUCAAACGUAUCAUGGAGACUUUUUUCGUGCACCGUUUCAGUCAUGCGACGUCACCUCUAUCAAACGUGUUUAGGAACUGUGCUUAUUACUGGACUUUUGGAUGUUAUAUCGCUUAUUACGUUAACCAUCCUCAUUACACACCCGUAAGUGACCUCCAGAUGAAGAUUGGAUUCGGGUUUGGGUCGGUCAUGCAAGUUGCAAACUUGUAUUGCCACAUCAUACUCAGAAAUCUCAGGAACCCGAGUGGGAACGGAGGGUACCAAAUUCCGAAAGGGUUUUUGUUUAAUAUUGUGACGUGUGCUAAUUACACAACUGAGAUUUAUCAAUGGUUGGGUUUUAACAUCGCAACACAGACCGUCGCGGGUUAUAUCUUCCUUGUCGUUGCGGCUUCCAUCAUGACUAAUUGGGCCCUGGCUAAGCAUCGCCGUCUCAGGAGGCUCUUUGACGGGAAGGAAGGAAGACCGAAGUACCCUCGCCGAUGGGUUAUUUUGCCACCGUUUCUGUAAACGACAUUAUCAACUGGAUUUGGUUGUAUCCGUAGCUUAUUCUAGUCAUCGGAUUGUUUAGAACUUUUGUUCCUUUUGAAUUGUGAAUGAUACAACUGAUUUGUAUUUGUUAGUUUUGAAUCUUUUAUCUUUGUGUAAUCUGGACCUUUAGCAACUUUGCAGGAUACUGAUGUGUUUCUUGCAGUUUAAAUGAGCCUAUGUCCUUUUUUGGUGUUUA